CAUCGCAGUGUGCUGGCUGUGCCCCCAGUCCCUUUUACGCAGAGCGCAUUACGCAUCAGUGGACUAUAGAGCGAGGACCCCCCUCCUCCACACACACACACACAAACGCACACGCACACACCCCGCGCACGUUUUUCGUCCCGAGCGUAUUCAAAGGGGGGAACCCGUAGCACCUUUUUUCUCCACCCUCCACCCCCCUUCAAGCGCCCCCACCCGCCGCCGCACGAUAGUUUGGACCUAAAGGGCAUCCCGCGUUUUUUUACCCGAAGAAGUCUUGGACAACUACUACUUUUUAAAAACAUUUUCUUCCUCGCCCUUUGGAUCUAUAGCUCCGGGAGAAGAAGAGAAAAGCGCGCGCGAUCGCUCUUGUGCUUUUUUCUUCUUCUUUUUUUUGUAAAGAUGCAAGUCGGACGCAAAUCGAGUUGGAGGCAGCUGCAGGCUUCUUUUUUCAGACUGCUCUGCCUUAUCCCCACAGGGUUCCCCGUGCGCAGCGUGGACAUGCAGCGGGCCACCGACAACAUCACCAUCCGCCAGGGCGACACGGCCAUCAUACGGUGUUACGUGGACGACAAGGUGUCCAAGGUGGCCUGGCUCAAUCGAUCCAACAUCAUCUUCGCCGGCCAGGACAAGUGGUCCCUGGACCCCAGAGUAGACCUGGUCACUAAAGGACAGCUGGAGUACAGCCUGCGCAUACAAAAGGUGGACGUGUACGACGAGGGCUCGUACACUUGUUCCAUACAGACGAAGCAGCAAUCCAAGACCUCACAGGUCUACCUCAUUGUUCAAGUUCCCGCCAACAUCUACAAGGUGUCAGAAGACAUCACGGUGAACGAAGGCAGCAACAUGACGCUCAGUUGUUUGGCGAGCGGCCGGCCGGAACCUGCAAUCAACUGGCGGCUGCUCAACCCCUCAGCGGAGCCGCUGGACGGAGAGGAAUACCUGGACAUCAUCGGCAUAAUGCGGAACCAGGCGGGCCGCUACGAAUGCAAGGCCAGCAACGACGUCGCCACGCCGGACGUCAAAUACGUCAACGUGGUCGUCAGCUACCCUCCAACAAUAAAGAAAACCCAGAGCUCAGAGACCCCGGUGGGCCGCAUGGGGACGCUGCAGUGUGAAGCCACGGCCGUGCCCACGCCGGAGUUCGAAUGGUACCGGGACGAGAAAAGGCUGUCCAACGCUCAGGGCGUCAACAUCCAGAUCCUCAGCACCAUGACCGUCCUCAUGAUCGCCAACGUCACCGAGGAGGACUAUGGGAACUACACCUGCGUGGCCUCGAACCGACUGGGCGUCCAGAACGCCAGCCUCUUCCUCUACAGACCCGGGACGGGCCGAGACAUCAACGGCUCUGCCUGUGUAACUCAGUCACUGUGGCUCCUGCUGGCCUGCUUCGCCUGCCUUUUCUUCAAGUGUUAAUGCCUCCGCCCUCCUCUUCCUCUUCCCCCCCCCCCCACCACCCCUUCCCAUCCUCCUCUUCCUCCUCUCCGACUCACCGACAUCCUUAUUGCUACCUUAUCACCCCCUCCCCUCUCCUACCCCGCACCCCCCCCCCGCACCCCCCCAGACUGUUUGCAUCAUGAUACGAAAACCUUACAGAUAUUACGGAAAGUGAUGCGUUAUGAGUAAAAAUUUUAGAAAAAACAACAACAACAACCGGUGACAUGAAGGACAGAACAAGCGAAGCUCUAGAAAUGGCAUUAGUUCUUAAUUUGUAUUUCUGUUGUAUCUUGUAUGAAUCUUCUGGGUCUGGACCGGGUUUGGGAUUUUUGUUGUAUUUUCUUUUUUUCCGUCUUCAUGGGAAAGCCGAGGCACCCGCCUCACCGGGAUGCCAACAAUCACAAGUCUCUAGAAGUACUGAAGACCAAGAGAUAUAUUUCUUCUUACUCCCGUAGACGCAUUAUUCGUUAACUUAAAUGUAGAUUUAUCCGAGUGUUUAACCAGUGCAUUAAUGAGCAACAUGUCAAAGUAUCUGCCAAAUAUCCAUACACUAUAUAGAUUUUUGAAAACUAACACGUAUACAGAAAUACAAAAAGGGAAGAAGACAUGUAAACGGGAUGAGAGCUUGAUGUUAGAGCCCCGCAGCAUCACAAUAAGAGAAUCAGCCGGAUAUCUCUCCAAUCAAUGACGGUGUGUCGAGACCACUUCAUCUCCAUCCAGUGGCGUUGCAGCCGCUCGCCUUUUAUUCCAAGACCAAUCCCGCUUCUUAUUUUAUUCUUUGCAGCAGGAAGAAAAAUAAAUAAAGAUAAACCCCGGUGGGUUAUGGCGAUGCGCAUACUGUACAUCGUAACAUUUUGUAUUUCUCUAUGAAAAGGCAACGUGUGCAGUGUGUCUUCGCCGCACGGCGGGCCGCAUCCCAUUUAGCUGCAAACACUGCGUCGCACGCAGCGUUUACCCUUUUGAGUUUUUAAGAUCAUUCUUCUCUAUCCUGCUGGAAUUUGGAUAUAAAUGUAUGACACCAAUGAAUGACUUACUUUUUGGGGUUUUCUUUCUCUUUCAAAGAAGUAUGCGUGUUUUAAUAUGAAAUGAUACAGGAAAAAUUCAUAAUAUAUUGAUAGUGAGGUGGAUUAUAAUUUUUUUUCUUCGUCUUUACCUCAUUACCAUUUUAGUUGUGUGUAUAUAUAUAUAUAUACUUCAAUCCAAUGUCCUUAUACUAUAUGAAAAAAAGUCAAAUUUUACGUGUCCAUGUUUCUGAAUAGGGUAGCAAAUUGUUGAGGGUAAUUAACUCGUAGAUCUCUUGAACUGGCGACCCUGCUCUACCAACGUGAACCGAAGCCCAUUAGAGCAUUUAUUUCUCUCUUUUUUUAAGCAUAAAAACAAGAUAGUUUUGUGCAGUUAUUAUUAUACCUAUCAUUGAGAUAAUACAAGUGCUCGCUGGCGUAUAUGAUGUUUUAGAGAAUGGAAUAUUAUGCUGAGAUAGCAGGAAUUCAAUCUGAGAGCAGCAAGCAAAUGAAGAUUGAACGCUCAGUCCGCUCGGCGGCCAUCUUUAACGAAAUAACACCAUUGCGUAACAGCUCAUUUUCUCACCAAUCACGGGAUGGAUAUUCCUUCACGGACAAAAAAAGGUCAAAUUAAUACUACGUGUGUCACUUAUUUUGUAAAAAGAAGAAGAAACUUUUCAAAAAAUCGGGAGAAAGAGCCCCGAAAGGUCAUUUCUGAAAAACUGGUGCUACUGUUAGCCGCCUUUUUGCCAUUGUCGUCUUGACCUGUUGUAAGGCGACCGAUACCGCGGUACCCCGGCGCUCUAACGGGCCGGUUCUGUAAAACACACACACACGUGUAAAUCAAUGUCAUCCUUGUCAUACAUUAAAGAAAUUCUCCCAGGUGUUUUUUCAUCAUCUGUAAAUGCUUCUGAAAGUUCCGUUAGCCGUGUGAACUUGUGUAGUGUCGGUAACACUGAUCCGGUCGUUGUGUUCGACGUGGGGGGACGACGGUAGAAGCGGAGCAGUGCACGGAAACCCGGAGACGGCAGAAUCAUCCCACCGGUUCAAAACCAAGUCUCUGAUACAUCUGUAUCACACAAUAUCUCACAAUCUGAUUUCUCAGUCGGGAUAAGUCACCGUGUCACCCCCGCUUUUUUUAUUGGUUUUCUACGACUGAACCGCUCUGCUGUGUCCACUUUGACGCUGUGGUUUUACUAGACUCCUGAUGUUUUUUCUACUUACGACAUUAUUUUUCCCGCAGACUCUCUUUCUUUCUUCCCCCCCCCCCCCCCUCGCUUUUUAGCUAUCCGGCUAGAUCGUAAUGAGGAGUUUAGAGUGAUCUGCUUAGUAAGACAUGAGUGAUGCGUUGAGAAAAAAAUGAUCGGUUUGCAUGAGUGUGGUCUGUGCUGCAGGUCUAUUUCAGUAAGUCUGUCUCUCUCUCUCUCACUACUGUAUUUGUCGCAUAAAUAAUAAAAAAUAUAAAAACCUCAGGGCAGUGCAAAGCUGGCAAGCUCUCAGACAAUUCUUUUUGGGGGGCCGGUGGGAAAACCCUUGCCAGAAUACCAGAGCAGGGUCGAAUAUCUCCAAAGUGUGCCAAGCAUUUAUUUUAACCUGCUCGGACACCGCGUGACGAGAAGAGGAAUCGUAUAUUUUAAAGGAAUGAGAAUAUUGACACUCAGUGUUUGAACUUCUACCAUUCAGGAGAUUUUUCACCCUCAAAGUAGACGUCCAAGUGUGUCCAUGCGGGUUAAAAGCAGCCAAUGAGCAUUGAAUGAUACAAUGUACAGUUGUGUAAAAGCCAUGGAGCUCUGUCUUAUCCAUAAAGGACUAAUAAAUAAGGAAUAUUGUCCUUUUAUUGCUCAUAGAGAGACCAACCGCCAGCACCAACCCCACUCUAGAGAGAACCGGCUAUCUACCGAGGACCGUAGAAACAGCUAAUUUACUAUUCAGCAUUGCCUCAAAAACAUAACCAUCACUUCACUGUACAAACACUGGCUUAUGUGUGUGCGUGUUCACUCAUGGUUCUGAUUCUGAUUGUUAUUAAUAACCUACCUGAGGCAUGAGAUACGUGAAAGAGUUGGACAAAUAGCUAACUUUUUACUUUCCGUUGAGCUAUGGUUAUAAUAGUAACCUUCUGAGUUUAGAUCAGGGGUCCCCAAACUUUUUCCUGUGAGGGCCACAAAACGUUUCCCUUCUCUGAUGGGGGCGGGGUCACUUUGUAACAGAAAAAGUGUGACGAUCGCAGGGGUGCCUAAAUGUAAACAUUUAUUGUUUCCCAGAAAGCCACACAUAACCAAAUAUUAAUAACCCUUUCCGGGAUCUUCACACAUUCUAUUUGACAGGGGCUAGUCUAGGAUUUGCGUGGCCAGACUGGAAAAAAAAACUCAUAAUGCGUCUCUGGUAUUGUUCAGGGGGCCGGGCCAAAUGUGGAGGCGGGCCUUAGUUUGGGGACCACUGGUUUAGAUUAUGUUUUUAUUUUCCUUUCCCUCCUCUGUUUAUAUAUGCAGUGUGAUGUUUCUACACUAGAAUGUUGUAAAGUCAGCAAAUCCAUAAGAUCAUGUUUAUACAACUCAAAAUUUAAAGAUUUCAACGGUUAAUGUAACGAUCACAUUUGUACCCCAUCCCGCCAUCCCUUUGCCACAGGGACGCAAGAUCGUGGAUUAUUGUCCCAUUUUUGUUUUACUUUACUUUCUUAUGGCAUAUGGUAAUUGCAGUCCGUUUCUUAAAAAAAAGAAGAAGAUAUGUAAUAAAGGAAUAUGAGAAAAUGUUCAUAACACAAAAUAAAGUGGUUUGAAUUCAGUGUUCUGUAUUUGAAUGUGACUUGAGGAGCAACCUUUUUCUGGAGAUGGCUUGGUGUUUAUCACCAUGUAACACGCAAAUAAAAGAAUAUAUGUGUUGUUGUAUUCGA